AUGGAGUAUAUACCACACGUCGCACUCAUCAACGAUUUGAAUGAACAAAAUGAAAUAAUUGAGCACCCAGUAUAUGAUGAAAGUAGUGAAUUUCCAGUUACAACUAUAGAUUUAAGUGAUCCGGGAUAUUGGCCUAAUCUGUCAGAUAAGUUAAGAAUAUUAAUUGUAGAAAAAAAACCUUUCCAUGUAGACAGAAAUUAUAAUUUUCCAUUAAAUGAUGAACGUAGGAGUUUCGAAGGAAAAUGGUUUUAUAAAACUAUUAAAAAUGGUGAAAAGAUUCGGAGGCAAUGGCUCAUAUAUAGCAUUUCAAAAGAUGCUAUUUAUUGUUUUCCCUGUUUACUUUUUUCAAAAAAGAACAAGAUUAGGACAUCUUCAUUUUGGGACGGUGGCUUUUCCGAUUGGAAACAUUUAAAUCCCCGAAUUAAGGAACAUGAAAAUAGUGAUUACCAUUCGAAUUGUGUAAAUGAUUGGAAAGAAUUCGAAAAAAGAUUGGAAGAUGGAAAAACCAUCGAUGAUGAGUUACAACAAAUUAUCCAAAAUGAAAAAAAUAAAUGGCGUCAUAUUUUGAAGAUUGUUACUCGCAUCAUAUUGUUUUGUUCAAAUAAUAAUCUACCACUUAGAGGUUCAUCGGAAAAAAUGUUUAAUCAAAAUUGUGGAAUAUUUUUAAAUUUAAUUGAAUUGCUUAGCCAUUAUGAUACCGUAUUGCUUGAUCACAUAAAAAGUAUUAAUAGUUGUUCCAGUAAAAAUAAACUUAGUUAUUUUUCUCCAACAAUACAAAAUGAAUUAAUUGUACUUUUAGGGAAAAAAGUAAAAAACGAAGCAUUAGAUAGAAUUAAGAGAGCAAAAUACUUUUCUAUACUUUUUGAUUGUAUGCCCGACGUAUCUCAUAAAGAACAGUUAACAGAAAUAAUUCGAUACGUACGUAUUAUUGAUAAAGAAGUUACAAUUGAAGAGACUUUUAUUGACUUUAUAGCUACACAGGAAAAAAAGGGUAUUAGGUUAGCUGGUGAAAUAACAAAAAAACUGUUUGAUGAUGGAACAAAUAUUAAACUGUCAAAAUAUUUUAAAAUAUUGUCAAAACAUUUAAAAAAAUUUUUGGCAGGAGAUCAAACAUUACUACAAUAUUGUAGCUAUAUAUUAUCACAAUAUUGUAGCUCAUUAUUUUCAUAA